GCCUCUUCCCCCAAGUCAAGACAGAUGCGUGCUUCCCGACUCAUUUUCUAGCAAAGGCUUGAAAGCUUCUCCGCUCUUUCUACAGUGCCCGGGUGAGCCUUUCAGGCAAGGGAAGAGGCUGCAGGGAAGUCUUGGACUUGGAGAGCCAGACGCAUGUAAACUGAAAUUUUUUCUGCUUCUUCUGGAAUCUUAAGUAUCUUGCCUGGGAAGAGAGCUGAAUGGCCUUGGAAAAUUUGGCCAGACCUCUUGUGGAUAUAAAGACCUAUGGAGAUCGUUGGGUCCAUUUUGGAGUUUUAUUAGGGACCAGAGAGAAGAUGGAGGGACAACACCCAGCAGAUGCAGAAGUUAGAAAAGACCCCCCAGCUGCUCAGCCUUGGAGCUGUGGGAAGAAUGGGGCAAGUCCUGGAUGGAGGAGCCACCAAGAGGCAUCCAAUAGUCCUGAGGUCCAAUGCUGUCACUUCAGAAAAGUGCAGUUUCAGGAGGGGAGCCAUCCCCGAGAUGUUUGCACUCAGCUUCAUUACCUUUGUUGUCAGUGGCUGCAACCAGAAAAACACACCAAGGCUCAGAUGCUGGACCUGGUGCUCCUGGAACAAUUCCUGGCUGUCCUUCCCCCAGAGAUGGCAAGAUGGGUGCGGGAGUGUGGAGCAGAGACCAGUUCCCAGGCGGUGUCCCUGGCCGAAGGCUUCUUGCUGACUCAGGAGGAGGAAAACAUGCAAGAAGAGUUGCAGAAAUCCAUGGAAGUUGUAACUGAGUAUCCUAAGGAGGGGAAAGAUUCAUUCAGAUCUUCUCAAGAGCUGCUCUUCAGGGAGAACUUCCAGAAACAUCAAAGUCAAGACACUAUGCAAGAGAGCAGAAAGCUGUCCUUGGAGUUUUUAGAAUCCCCUCUUUAUGCUGGAGCGGAAGGAUUAGCUGGACCUCUACUUCAGGGUGUUGUGUCUUUUGAGGAAGUGGCCGUGUAUUUCUCCAAGGAGGAGUGGUCUCAACUGGAUGCUGACCAAAAAGAGCUCUACAGAGAAGUCAUGCUGGAGAAUUCCAGGAAUCACCUUUCUCUGGUUUUAUUAGAGACCAGAGAGAAGAUGGAGGGACAACACCCAGCAGAUGCAGAAGUUAGAAAAGGCCCUCCAGCUGCUCAGCCUUGGAGCUGUGGGAAGAAUGGGGCAAGUCCUGGACGGAGGAGCCGCAAAGUGGCAUCCAAUAGUUCAGAGGUCCAAUGCUGUCACUUCAGAAAAGUGCAGUUUCAGGAGUGGAGCUGUCCCCGAGAUGUUUGCACUCAGCUUCACUACCUUUGUCGUCAGUGGCUGCAACCAGAAAAACACACCAAGGCUCAGAUGCUGGACCUGGUGCUCCUGGAACAAUUCCUGGCUGUCCUUCCCCCAGAGAUGGCAAGAUGGGUGCGGGAGUGUGGAGCAGAGACCAGUUCCCAGGCAGUGUCCCUGGCCGAAGGCUUCUUGCUGACUCAGGAGGAGGAAAACAUGCAAGAAGAGUUGCAGAAAUACGUGGAAGUUGUGACUGAGUAUCCUGAGGAGAAAGAUUUAUUCAGAUUUUCUCAAGAGCUGCUCUUCAGGGAGAACUUCCAGAAAGAUCAAAGUCAAGACUCUAUGCAAGAGAGUAGAAAGCUGUCCUUGGAGUUUUUAGAGUCACCUCUUUCUGAUGGAGCUGCAGGAUUAGCUGAACCGCUACUUCAGGGUGUUAUGUCUUUUGAGGAAGUGGCCGUGUAUUUCUCCAAGGAGGAGUGGUCUCAACUGGAUGCUGACCAAAAAGACCUCUACAGAGAAGUCAUGCUGGAGAACUCCAGAAAUCUUCUUUCUCUCGGCUUUAAUGGACAAGAGAAUAAGAAUUGCAAUGAGGAAUGCCAAGCGAUCUAUUCAAAAGGAAGGGAAAGGAAAUUUGUAGAUCAGAUGCAACCAAAAAGGGAAGAAACAAAGCAAUCACAAAGUGGAAUUAAAAAAUGUCUUCCCCUGGUCAGUUGGCUUCCUGACUAUACAGUGAUCGAUAUGGGAGAAAGACCAUAUAAAUCCAUGGAGUGUGGAAAGAGGUUCAAUAAAUCCGAUCAUCUCAUUUCUCAUAAAAAGACACAUUCAGAAGAGAAACGAUUUACCUGCAUGGAGUGUGGAAAGACCUUCUCUUAUAAUCACUAUCUUAUAAGACAUCAAAGGAUCCACACAGGAGAACGACCUUAUAAAUGCAUGGAAUGUGGAAAGACCUUUACUUGUAGCACUCAUCUUAAGUGCCACAAGAGGAUCCACACAGGAGAGAAGCCAUAUCAAUGCAUGGAGUGUGGAAAGACAUUUACUCGUAACACUCAUCUUAAUAUCCACAAGCGGAUCCACACAGGAGAGAAACCGUAUCAAUGCAUGGAGUGUGAUGAGACAUUCUGCUAUUAUAAGACUCUUAAAAUCCAUCAGAGGAAUCACAAAGGAGAAAGCCCUUAUAAAUGCAUGGAGUGUGGAAAAACCUUUACUUGUAGCAGUAGUCUGAAAUCCCACAAUUUGAUCCACACAGGAGAAAAGCCAUAUCAAUGCAUGGAGUGUGGAAAGAGUUUUAGGAAGAGUGGUAAUCUUAAUACACACAAGAGGAUCCACACAGGAGAGAAACCGUAUCAAUGCAUGGAGUGUGGAAAGACCUUCUGUUAUUCUAAGUCUUUUAUAAAUCAUCGAAGGAAUCACACAGGAGAAAGACCUUAUAAAUGCAUGUAGUGUGUAAAGAUGUUUACGCGUAGCUGUUAUCAAUCUCUUUCCACUUAUGACUGUAUGACUAUAACUUUUUGCUGGCAAUCCUUAUGAUUUAUAUUGAUAUAUUGACCAUCAAUUGUGUUGUAAAUGUUGUACCUUGAUGAACGUAUCUUUUCUUUUAUGUACACUGAGAGCAUAUGCACCAAGACAAAUUCCUUGUGUGUCCAAUCACACUUGGCCAAUAAAAUUCUAUUCUAUUCUAUUCUAUUAAUUCCCACAAGAGGAUCCCCACAGGAGAGAAGCCAUAUGAAAGCAUGGAAUAUGGAAAAAGUUUUAGGAAGAAUAAUCAUCAUACCUCCCAUAAUAGGAUUCACACAGGAGAGAAACCGUAUGAAUGCAUGCAGUGUGGAAAGAUCUUUACUGGUAGUAAUGGUCUUUAUUCCCACAAGAGGAGCCAGACGGAAGAGAAGUCAUAUAAAUGUGUGAAAUGUGGAGAUGAUCUUAGAGUUGUGAUCUCACUUCCCAUAAAAGAAUCCAUAUGAAACCAUAUGCAUGUAGUGAGGAAAGAGAUUUGCAAGGUGUAAUGCUCUUACUUGCCAUAGAGGUAUCCACACGUGGCAGAAACCAUAUCAAUAAAAGAAGUGUGGGUAGAACUCCAAGAGAAAUUCUGGUUGUCCUCACAUUAUGACUUCAAUUGUGCCCCAACUUUCUGUUGCUAAGUGAGAGACUUAUUGUGUUUUGCCCCAUAUUACAAGUUUUCUUGCCACAUUUCUUAAGUGAAUCACUGUAAUUGUUAAGUUAGUAACACUGUUGUGAAAUGAAUCUGGCUUCCCCAUUGGAUUUGCUUGUCAGAAAAAUCACAAAAGAUGAUCACAUGAUCCAGGGACACUGCAGCUGUCAUGAAUCAGUUGCCAAGCAUCUGAAAUUGGAUCAGGUGACCAUCCGGAUGUUGUUCAUAAGUGUGAAAAAUGCUCAAAAAUCAUGUUUUUCAGUGCUUCUAUAACUUUGAAUAAUCAUUAUAUGAACUGUAGAAAAUCGAGGAAUACCUAUCGUUGUCUCAAAUCUCAUGCAAGGACCAUUUGAAUAAUAAUCCAAAUAAAUUGU